AUGGAUAACAAAGAAUACCCUCCAUUAUAUCUCGUGUCAAGUGAAAAAGUAGAGCCGUCUAAACCCAGUGGAAAUGAGAAUCUCACAGAAUUAUAUGGAUUAACGGAUUUAGCGGCGUCUGUGGCCAGGUUUGAUCCUGUGACAGGAGAGAAGCGCAAACUGCGGAAAUCGUACAAGAACCAGAUUGCCGAUUUAUGGGGCAAACAUAUAAUCCCCGAUGCUAGUCCGCAUGGUGAAUGGUCGCUCCUGUCUUUAGCAAGACAGCCACGGUUUGAACAAUCUGAUCCACCUCGCCGGCCGCCAACUUUGGCCGGCUUGGAUCAGAGGUCUCUAGAGUAUGCUUUGAACAUGGACCCGAGUCCCAGUACAGGAAUCCCAGGGUUCGAUGGUGCUUUACUGGCAGCUCCAACCGGUGCAGCAUUCUCAUUACCAGACUCUCAGCAAGGAAAUGCGUCAGGGAAUGACCAAGCCACUGGAAGCGGUGGUAGAGGAUACACAAAGGGACCAUUCUAUCAAACGCAUUCCAGAAGAAAUGGCUCUCUUAAUGCCGCUUCUAUGACUGCUGAAUCGUCUAACGAUGACUCAACAGGAAUAUCGAAACGAUUUAAAAUGAAGCGACGCGAUGUCUAUGAAGAUGGUGGAGUUGUCAAGAAACGAAAAAAGACCGCCAUGAGUUAA